AUGGCGACAAUAGCGCUAACAAGACCAAUCCCACCACGUCGUCCUAACUCAUCUACCGUCAGUGGUGUCGCCCAACUACCAAGUAUCGACGGAGCACCCACCUCUGGGUCCCAAUCGGUCCCCGCGGUCCCGAACAAGCAUAUUCCAGCUUGCCCACCCGGUCCCAUCCCUCCUAUUGACGACAAUGCCGAUCUAGAGACAGGCCGUUCUUCACCCGUCCCUGAAUCACAUGGUUCCACCACCCAGGCAUCCCUUCUUUAUCCCCCUCGAAAUUCUAGCUGUAUCAAGUCCGAUGGCCUUUCGGUAUAUUCCCUAAGCGCUGCCGAUGUUGCUGCCUCACUCACCUACUCGGCUUGCCAACCCCUGCCGAAUCCGGCAGAUGUCUUCCCUUGGCUCCAUGGAAUCCAUCCACAUAAUCACAUACAGCAGACAUUCUUCACAGCACGUCAAAGCUCCUCGGUUUCCAUACCUCAAUGUUUACGUGGUGUCACCAUUGUCAAAGCCGAUGGUGAUCUAACCAUUUCACGUCUAAAGGGAGCUAUCUCCCCGACUGAAAUAAUACAGCUGGGAACACCCGCCGAAUUCCUAGAUAUCGACCCACGAGAAGGUUUCUCGGUACGAAACUUUCAUAUCCAGGUGGUAAAAUUAGCGACAACGUCCGAUAUAGUUGUCUACGGGGAGGACGCUGUCGCCGUCACUAAAAUAGGCUGGGAAAUUGCCGAAGCCCAGCAUAGGUGGAGGCUGGCGCAUGAAGAACCAGAACAACCUUUAGCAGAGUAUAAUACCUUUAUCUGCAUUUGUCCCUUCAGCGAUUUUGAAAACAGCCACCAGGAGCUAGUUGCAGUCGACUCCAAGGGUCACGGCACAGAUGAUGUUCUGGACUUCUUUGUUCAAGAGCGAACCGAAAUGUAUUGCAUGGCGAUGGCCAGCGAGAUUUCCCACAACGUGUGGGUCGGUCCAACUCCUUUUCCCGACUCCGGGGACGAGCAAGAGUAUGAUGUUAUGAUUGAGUGUAGCGAUCUAGGUCACAUCAAUCCCGCAGCAUUACGAGCUAUCGUUGAGAAUAAGCAAAGGCCUUUGCCCCGAAAUAAUUUCGAUUUUCCAUCAUCGGGAAGCAUAAUGCCUCCCACUUGGUCCCACGCUGAGGCUGACGGCAUCCUCGAGACGUGCAAAUGGAUUUAUCAUCUUGCACAUGGAACAUGUCCUCAUCCUUCAUCGGAAACGAGCGCUACUGAAAAUGGCUAUUCUAACCAUGUUCGGGUACCCCCUUUGAAGAUAUUGCUACACUGCGCCGAUGGCUAUACCGAAUCAACAAUGCUGGCAAUCGCAUAUUUUAGUUUCAGCACUGGCCGUCCCAUUCCAGAUGCAUGGCUAGCGUUACAUAUGGAGAAAAGACACCUUUUGCGCGCACUUGGAAUCGGCCAGGUCCUGAGCGUUGGUGAGACCGCAGUGUGGAGAGAUGGAGAACGAGACCUCUGGGGCGAAGACAAUCUUUACACGGUCGAAUGUGUCCAGGACAAUGGCAUUGAUCCACUAACGGAGGUUUUUGACCGCUGUUUGGAAUUUAUUGAGCGUGGCCGCAAAAACGGCACUGCCACUCUCGUCCACUGUCGCGUUGGCGUUUCUCGAAGUGCUACUAUCUGUAUCGCCGAGGUUAUGCGUACCCUGGAGCUAUCUUUCCCACGGGCGUACUGUUUCGUUCGGGCGCGUAGGCUCAAUGUUAUCAUCCAACCUCAUCUACGCUUCGCUUACGAACUGCUAAAAUGGGAGGAAACCCUUCGCUCCCGAGGCCAGGAUAAGGUAGGCUGGCAGCGCGAAUUGGAAUGGGCACAUAUUGCCCGGGAAAUUGCUUUGAUGAACAGACCCUACGCAAAUCGAUGA